CGACCACACUCACACAGGCAUUACAGAGAGCCGAAAGCACAAGGCAGGCCGCGACGACACAACCACACAAACCUGACUUACACACGCGCACCGGGAGCCAACAGCCGAAACGAAAGCUCAGUUAAUCAACACACACAUCAGCCAACAGCAACGAAUGAAUGAACCGACAAACAAAGCAAGAGCGCUCAGCCGACGGUGCUGUGCUGCCAGCCUCCCUUCUGACUAAUGGGGUGGCCAAGCUACCUUCUGCACUAUGGCUCGACGAGCGCCUUGCGCACCUGCCUGCUCGGUUGCUGGCUGCAUUGACUAAUGCCACGCACGCACACGCUGCACCACAAAUGACCUACCAGCCAACACAGCACAGCUCAGCCCAGCCAACACCUCCCUCCCCAAUCUUCCCAUCCACACACAAAAAAAAGAAAAAAUAAUACAGCGACACACAUCGCACAAACACUAGCAGCACGGCUGAACCCAUCAAGAGCAUUCUCCAGGCUUGACGUCACAGCACGACUGCUCAUAAUACAGCCUCACGAGCUGGCAGUUCCUCGGCUCACUCAGCAGCCCGCCCUCCGUGCACGAGCAGUCGGCCUGCACCUCAUACUCCUGGAUGCACCGCCGCGCGCAGCCCUCCGACUGUUGCUCCACUGGCCAAUCGACGAUGCCCUCCGGACACACCCCCGUCAUCCGUGCGUCGGCGCAGAUCCGUGCGCAGGCGUCGAACCGCGCCGAGUUGAUGUGGUCGAGGCACGCUGCUGGGCCGUCGACGUGGACGUGCAGUGCGCAGUGAGGGCAGAGCUGCUGCUGCUGCGUCGUGCUGCCUCUGAAGGAGGGGCGGUGCUGCGGGACCUCGUCCACUGUCACUGGACCAUCUCCCUGAAUGUGUAGCCACACGACGCACGACAGACGUGACACUGUGCUGUUUUGUGCUGUGCGCGAGAUUGUGGUUGUGACUCACUCACCGAGCCCGAAGCACUGAAGGCGAGGACAGCCAAAAGGACGGCAAGAAGGUAUAUUUCUCUCACAACCAUCCGUGCCAGUUUCGAUGCGAAGCAUGCCGAAGCCAAGACACCCGUUCUCGGAUGCGGUCACCGGACGGAAAGAAAGAGGCCGCGGUGUGAGCCGCUUUCUGCCUGGCGCUCAACGCGCCUUCACAUCAUUCGCAGUUGCAUUCAGG